AUGAAGCUGUCGCUCUUCGCAAGCGCUGCAGUUGCAGGUCUUCUAGCACAGGUUGCUGAAGCUGCUACUCCAGAUGAAUGGCGCUCACGGUCCAUUUACUUUCUUCUCACUGAUCGAUUUUCUCGGACCGACAAUUCAACCACUGCAGAGUGUGAUGCUCAAUUAGGUCAAUACUGUGGAGGAUCAUGGCAGGGAAUCAUCAACCAGUUGGACUAUAUACAGAAUAUGGGAUUCACGGCCAUCUGGAUUACUCCUGUCACUGAGCAGUUGCCUCAAUCUACUUCAGAUGGAGAAGCUUAUCACGGCUACUGGCAACAGGACAUUUACUCCAUUAAUUCGAACUACGGUACAGCCGAAGACUUGCAAGCUUUGGCUACGGCUCUCCAUGAUCGUGGUAUGUACCUCAUGGUUGACGUCGUAGCAAACCACAUGGGUUACGCCGGUGCUGGCACAGACGUAGACUACUCAGUCUUCAAUCCCUUCAACAGCCAAGACUAUUUCCAUACUUACUGCGAAAUCACCGAUUACUCCAACUUGACCAUGGUCGAAGAAUGCUGGGAAGGCGACAAUAUUGUCUCGCUUCCAGAUCUUGACACGGAGAGUACCGAUGUGCAGAACAUCUGGUAUAGCUGGAUCCCAGAAUUAGUCUCAAACUACUCCAUCGACGGUCUCCGUCUUGACUCCGCGCUCGAAGUACAGCAAGACUUCUGGCCUUCCUGGGUCAGCGCAUCUGGCGUUUACUGCGUUGGUGAAGUCGACAAUGGCGACACAACCAUCGCAUGUCCGUACCAAAACUACCUCGACGGAAUUCUUAACUACCCAACAUACUUCCCCCUUGUCCGCGCCUUUGAGAGCACCAGCGGCAGCAUCUCCGAUCUAUACAACAUGGUCAACACCGUCAAAUCCGACUGCAGCGACUCGAACUUGCUAGGCUCCUUUUCGGAGAACCACGACAACCCGCGAUUCGCUUCCUACACUUCGGACUUUUCGCUCGCCAAGAACGUUCUAGCUUUCACAAUCUUGUCGGACGGUAUCCCAAUUAUCUAUGCCGGUCAGGAACAACAUUACAGUGGUAGCAGCGUGCCCACUAACCGCGAAGCGACUUGGUUGAGCGGGUUUGAUACUUCUGCUGAGCUUUACACAUGGAUUGCGAAGCUCAAUCAGAUCCGCAACUAUGCUCUUCAAUGGGACAAUGGUUACACUACUUACAAGAGCUACCCAAUCUACCAAGAUAGCAACAACCUCGCCAUCCGGAAAGGCAGCAACGAAAGUCAAGUCGUCACCGUCCUCUCCAACUCCGGCGCGGACGCCAGUUCUUACAGCUUGACCAUCUCUGGAACAGACUUUACAGCUGGGGAGGUUAUCACCGAGCUAAUUACCUGCACAAACAUUACUGUUAGCGACACUGGUGAUAUUACCGUUCCUAUGGCCGGUGGAUUGCCUAGCGUGUUGUACCCUGCCUCCAAGCUACUCGAGAGUGGACAUCCUUGUUAA